GCACCAAUCCCAGAAAGCAAUGAAUUACAAGAACGUUCAAUGACAUCUCCAAGAAUUACAUUUUACUCUGGUAGUCAAUUAGACAAUCCAGCAUGCGGUGGACCAACACCUUCGCGUAACAGUAUGAUCGCUGCCGUCAAAAAAGGUGGUGCAUUCGCAUGCGGUGAUCAUAUUCGUAUUUCCCACAAGAACAAGCAUAUCAAAGUUAAAGUUGUUGAUUACUGUGAAAGUUGUUCAGACAGAGCAGUUGAUCUUACACCUGGCGCAUUUGCAAAAUUGGCAAGUUUGGAUACAGGAAUCAUUACGGGUGCAAGAAUGUCACUCGAUUAAGAAAGCGCAAUCGCGAUCGAUGAUGCCUUCCCUCUUUUCCUCUCUGUUCUGCUCCUCCCCUUGUUCUGCUAUUCGAAACGGGUUUUGAUGACGCUCACGAAAGAUAUUAAAAACGUUUUUUAUUUUGCAAAUUUCUUUUUAUGAUAUCCUGCCGUGCAGGUGAUUUUACGUUCUCCCACAAGUUUUUAUCUCAACAACUAUCCCAUUAUGGACACCGUCUCAUACACACAAAGACUUGUCCUUGCUCUCCUCUAAUUCAAAGGUUCAAAUUGAGGCAUUUUUCAUACAAUUUUUGUAUUGCGCGCCUCUUUGUGCUCUUUUUCUUUUACCCAUACAGAUCCUCUUUAAUGGUACUUCUACUCAUUUACGUUUGAAAGUGUUGGGCUGGUGUGAUAAGAUGAAGUCUGCCCUUAAGAUAGAAUCGAUCCGUUAUGAUGUGUGAUGAUGACC